GUCUCUCCGUCUCGCUCAUUUAUUCCCCGGCAGCGCUGGCAGCAUCGGGGGCUGUGCGAGCCCAGCAGCAGCAGCAUGCGUGCGGCCACCGAGGCGCAGGGCGCGACAACCACGUAAGGGACCGGCCCGAGCCUCCCUCGCCAGCCACCCGCGCAUCCCCCGGCCGAAACUUCCCUCUCCCGCACGGUCCGGGCUUCUCCGGGGUGGGGGGGCUUGGCAGCGACAGCCGCAUGCAUGACACUCCGCAAAGGAGAGAAAAUGACCAUAAGCAUCCAGGAGCACAUGGCCAUUGACGUCUGCCCCGGCCCCAUCAAGCCCAUCAAGCAGAUCUCCGACUAUUUCCCCCGCUUCCCCCGCGGGCUGCCCGCCGCCGUCGGCCGCAGCAGCAGCAGCGCCCCGCGCCCCGCGCCCGCACAGCCCGCGGCCAGCCCGGGCCAGGCGCCCCGGGACGAGGACGAGGAUGUGGACCAGCUCUUCGGAGCGCACGCAGCCACGCCCGCGGAGCAGCCGGCCAAGAGCCCAGCGCCCGAGGAGCUGGUGGACCCCGAGGGCUACGAGUCCGACGAUUGCACCGCGCUGGGGACGCUGGAUUUCAGUUUGCUCUACGAUCAGGAGAACAACGCUCUGCACUGCACCAUCAACAAGGCCAAGGGCCUGAAGCCAAUGGACCACAAUGGUUUGGCUGAUCCUUAUGUCAAGCUGCACUUGCUCCCUGGAGCCAGCAAGGCGAACAAGCUGAGAACCAAAACGCUGAGGAACACCCUGAACCCCACCUGGAACGAGACCCUGACCUACUACGGCAUCACCGACGAGGACAUGAUCCGCAAGACCCUGCGGAUCUCGGUGUGCGACGAGGACAAGUUCCGCCACAACGAGUUCAUCGGGGAGACGCGCAUCCCGCUCAAGAAACUGAAACCCAACCAGACCAAAAACUUCAACAUCUGCCUGGAGAAGCAGCUGCCGGUAGAUAAAACAGAGGACAAGUCUCUGGAGGAGCGUGGCAGGAUCCUGGUGUCGCUCAAGUACAGCUCUCAGAAGCAGGGGCUGCAGGUGGGGAUCCUGCGCUGCGCGCACCUGGCGGCCAUGGACGCCAACGGCUACUCCGACCCCUACGUCAAAAUAUACUUGAAACCAGAUGAGGACAAGAAAUCCAAGCACAAGACAGCGGUGAAGAAGAAAACGCUGAACCCCGAGUUCAAUGAGGAGUUUUUCUAUGAGAUAAAGCACGGAGACCUGGCAAAGAAGACCUUAGAAGUCACAGUGUGGGACUAUGAUAUCGGGAAAUCCAACGACUUCAUAGGCGGAGUCGUGUUAGGAAUUAAUGCCAAAGGGGAGCGGCUCAAGCACUGGUUCGACUGCCUGAAAAACAAGGACAAGAAAAUCGAGCGCUGGCACACGCUGACCAACGAGCUGCCGGGCGCCGUGCUCAGCGACUGAGGGUCCCACCCCACGGCCUCUGGGCUCCUGCCAGCUUUGGACACGGGGGAUGCCAGGCCAGCCAGGACAGCAGGACACCCCCAGCAGGGCCUGGCUGCAGGGAAGCCCUUCCCAGGGAGGAAGGCACAGGUGGUUUUGCUCUGGCGGCUUUUUCCGAAACGCCCCUUUGCGCUCACAGCCCCACUCUGAGCAUGCACGUGCACACCCACACUCACACUCACACUCAGGUGUGCACCCCUGCAUGCACUGCAGUCUGCCUCCUCUCCCAGAUCCUGGCUCUACUCAGUUACCUUCUCGCUGCCUUGCAAGUCAGUGGCAAAAAAAGAAAAAAAACAAAAACAAAAAAAAAAAAAGAA